CCGCGCGCGCCCAAACUUUUGUCUUGCCUGGGUCGGAAUACAUGUAUCCCGUUCUUUGGCCCAAUACCACCCCGGAACAGCUCCGAGAGGAGGGCUAAUUAGAGGUAAGGGCAGGAAAGAAUGAAGGAAGGAGGGGGAAGGGAAGGAUAUGACGAGUCCCCCUUCGGGUUGCAGUACCCGAACCUCUCUCGCGUUCCUACUCAACCCACGAUCUCGAUACCGUGGCAAGCGUGGCCUCCUUUCCUGACCCGCGCGCCGGCACGCCCGCUUCCCACGAGUCAAGAGCCCCUCGAGGCUUGCGUGCAGCGUCGUAGGAGCAUCGAAUCUACUACGUAGAACGCCCUUCCUUUACCCCCCUGAUAGCGCGCCAUCGGAAGAGGGAAGUGGGGGCCCCGAAAAUGAUGUUCUGAUGCCGUCCGUAGA